UACAAGAUAUACUAAAUUUAUGGAAAGACAGCCAGCGUUUAAAAGAAAGCGGUAAAUAAGUUAGCGAAAUUGCACGUGAGUGAGUGAAGUACGUUCCGCAUCAUUGACGUUUCUAUGGUAAAUUAUAGACCGGAAGUUGACAGAGUGUGGUAAAAAUUUGACCGGACUGAAAGAAGAAAAGAAAAAUACUGCAAGAUGUUUGACGGCGAUGAAGAUGGACCCAAGGGAACUUUUGAAAUAUACAAGGCUGAAGCAGAUUCGUUGUUUAAGCAAGGAGAAUACAGAAAAUCAAUUGAAAGCUACACUACAGCAUUAGAACUACUGCCACACGACAAAAAUUGUUUAGUUUGCCGGUCAAAAUGUCAUCUUCAACUUGGGGACACAAUCAGUGCUUUAGAAGAUGCAGAAUUGUCACUUGCAGAAGACAACACAUUUCACAAGGGUGUAUAUCAAAAAGCACAAGCAUUAUACUACCAAGGAGAUUUUGAGAUGUCCCUUGUAUAUUACCACAGAGGUCACAAACUUCGACCUGAGUUACAGGAAUUCAGACUUGGAAUACAGAAAGCUCAGGAAGCCAUAGACAAUUCUGUUGGAUCUCCAGAAAAGGUCAAACUGACCACAGAAGGUGACUUAACAUUUUUUGCCCAACAAGAUGAGAAAAAGCCCAAGAAACAGCAGUACAGUACAUAUAAGAAGACAACUACACAAGCACCCAAACGUAGACAGUAUGAUCCAAGUAAACCGGUCGGUAGUGAAAAAACUAUAAAACAACUGUUAGGAGAACUGUAUGGUGACAGACAAUACCUAGAAAAACUUCUCAAAGAAACAGAUUCAAGGUCAGAGGUUGGAAAGGUGAUUAACACUCUGGUUACUGAGGGUUUGUCUUAUCUGGAUACCAGAACAGAUUUCUGGAGACAACAAAAACCCAUGUAUGCCAGAAAACAUGAAAGAGCACAGCAACGCAACAGAACUGAUACUCACACAGGAAAACUUGCACCUAAUGAUUUUAUCAUCAGAGAAUUAGAAAAGAUAGAUAUAGCUCAAGUUGAAGGAGAGUACCAGGAGGCUUUAAAGAGAUCACAGCGAUGUCUUAAUACUGUAAACAGCUUCACAGCAGAACAAGUGCCAAAUAAGAUUGAAGUCCUAGCUAAUCUUAACAGUUGUAUAGGAAACGCCUACCUAGAGAUGGGACAGUAUGACAAAUCACUAGAGCAUCAUAACAUUGACCUGAGUAUGGGAGAAGACAAUGAUAUGGAAGAAGCUGUAUCAAGAGGUUUGGAUAAUUUAGGUCGUGUACAUGCCAGACAUGGAAACUUUGAAAAAGCAGUACAAGUGUGGGAAAAGAAAUUACCAAUGUCUAAAUCUGCAUUAGAGAGCACAUGGUUAUAUCAUGAAAUAGGUCGUUGUUAUCUAGAAAUUGGUCAAUUUGAAACUGCUAAGGAGAAUGGAGAAAAGUCAAAGGUGGCAGCUGAAGAGGCUGAGGAUCAAAUGUGGCAGCUACAGGCAUCAGUAUUGGUGGCACAAUCUGAGGUCAAACUUGGUGACUUGAGUGCAGCAUUAACAUCAUUUGAUACAUCACUGGAACUAGCAAAAUCACAAGGUGACACAUCAGCACAGUCAGCCAUCAAGAAAGCUAUGGACGACGUAAAUAAAAAGAUAGCCAAGGGAAAUACAUCUACUAGUGCAAAGAAAGAACGAGUGCAGAUUGAUGAAGAAGGAGAGAGAGAAAUUCAGACUGCUGUAUCAUCACAGAGGGCAGAGGAAGAAAAAGAAGAUAAUGAAACAAAUAAUGCUAAAGAAACCAGCAAAGAAGCAGAAGAAGUGCAAUCAGAGAAAAAAGAUGAUGAAAAGCCUGUAACACCCAGAAGUAAAGACAGUGAUAGCCAUAAACAAGAGUCUUUAAACGAAACAACAGAUGAAAAGAAUGAAAGUAAGACAGAAGAACCGGAAAAUAAGGAGGAAAUCAAAGAUGAAAAAGAUAGAGAAUCAAAAGAUGGAGUAGAGACAUAAAACUAAACAAAACAAAUAAAUAAUUUUGUACUUUUUUUUAAUGGGGGGUAAAAUUUUUAAUUUU